CCCAGCUAUCCAAACCCCAACCUGCGAACCCCACCCUCCAAACCCCCACCUUUAAACCCAAACCUGCAAACCCAGCCACAGCAGCUCUCCCCAAAAUGGCGGACGAAAGCGAGAAGUACCCCCCGAAAAUACAGAAGCUCUUCGCCCCCCGGCUCCCCCUUCUAUACAAGAAACCCAUCGACCAUCCGCCCGAAACAAGGGCGUCCCCUUUCAUCACUCUGCUGAGAAAAUGGAAACUGCAUAUCGAGCAGUACAAGGCGCAAUACGGCCAGACGGGCCCGCUGGUUCAACACCAGCUCUCGGCCAAAGAACGGCUCGCCGAGUCCCGCCGGCGCCAGCUCCACGAGUGGGAGGACACCGAGGCUUUCGCAGAAAACAAGUUCUUGAAAGACCCAUACCGCACGGUGUUCGUGGCCCGUCUCUACUACUCGAUGACGGAACUUGACCUCUCGAAAGCCUUUGCCCAGUACGGCAGCAUCGACUCCGUGAGAAUCGUCAGGCACACCGAGACGGGCGCGUCGCGUGGCUACGGGUUUGUGGUCUUCGAAAGAGAAGCGGACGCCAAGAACUGCAUCCACGAGUUGGCUCCCACAGGCUUGGCUGUGGACCCGCCAAAGGGCUCUUCCACCAGGAGAACAAUACUAGUGGACAUGGAACGUGGGCGUUUGAUACGCAGCUGGAGACCCAGGCGGUUGGACGGCGGCUUGGGCGGCCGCCACUACACACUGCCGAGUGCCCUCCACCCGAAGGACGCCUCUGCUGCUGCUUCGGGACGCAGAUUCAAUCUUUCUCAAAACCCUUAUCAGCUGCCCGCCGCACCACCAAGGUUCCAGAAGAGACCGCAUCCGGACAGGUACUCUCCGGCGGCGGGUGCAAAGAGACCAGCGACAGACUCUGACCACUACCCGGGCAUCCUGCGCCAUCCGGCCAUGACGGCCUAUGCUUCGACGUCUCAACCCCCGUCGUUGUCUAGUGCCAGGGCCCCUGACCCCUCGGUGAAAGACAAGUAUGCAAAGUACCAGAAUGUGGGCUCGCACGCCGCCUCUGGUGAAACCGGGAGGUCCAUCAGGUCUAUACGCGAACAAAGAUGAGGUGAAUGUUGCUUGAGACAAUGUAUGUAGGGGGCGU